GUCUGGGCCCCGGCGGCCUCGGGAACCCCCGGCCCGGGGCCUACGGCCUGCGCCUCCUCGGCCGCCCGGAGCCCUGUGUGGUCCCGCGCCCCGAGGGCCGCUGCCGACUGCGUUCGGGGCGGAGAACGAGCGCGAGCUGCCGUUUGGGGCGGGGAGUGCUCGCCGGGCCCGCGCGGCCGCUUGGGGGUCCCAGGCCGGUUCCGACGGAAGUUGCUUGCUGUACCGGGAGGGCCCCGGGCGGCCGCCAGACCACCGAACGCGCACCCGGGGCUAGCGGUAGCGGUCCGAGCCUAUACGGCUCCUGCCGCUUCUCGGGACGUCCAGGACGACCGGGCCGCCGGUAGACGUCCAGAUCCCCAGCGAGCUCGUCUGCCCAACUUUGGGGGCCCCGGGGCCGGCCGGCUGCCGCGGGGCUCCGGGCGCGCACCGUGGCCCCACCGGUAAUGGACGGCUCGGAGAAGACUUUGCUCGGCCGCGUCCGUGUUUGUCCGAGGGUCUAAAGUUCCUGGAGGAUGACCUAGCACUUCGCAGCCCCACCGGCCUCUCCAGGGCCCCCGUGGACGCGCCGGCCCGACCCGGAGCUGCCAGGCCGGGUGGCACCCAAACUUGUGACGCUCCUUACCGUCGGCUGCCUGGGGCCCAGACCAGACACGCCUCUUGAACUUACGUUUAGUACAAUCGUUUCUUUUUGAAGAAGGGUUUUUUUCUUCUCUUUUUUUUUUCUUUUGCGUUUUUGUUGACUUUCUUUUUAGCGAAGGGAAUUUUUUUGGAGGGGAGAGGGCGGGGUACAAAAAGAAGAACCGCUCGCGGGGAAUCCGUAAAGGUGAUAAAGGACAGCCGGCAGUGGGAGUCGGAGGCCUUGGGUCCACGAUGGAUGUGGCGGACCCGCAGCAGCUGGGCAUGUUUACAGAGGGCGAGCUGAUGUCGGUGGGGAUGGACACGUUCAUCCACCGCAUAGACUCCACCGAGGUCAUCUAUCAGCCCCGUCGCAAGCGGGCCAAGCUCAUUGGCAAGUACCUGAUGGGGGACCUGCUGGGAGAGGGGUCCUAUGGCAAAGUGAAGGAGGUGCUGGACUCAGAGACGCUGUGUAGGAGAGCAGUCAAAAUCCUCAAGAAGAAGAAGUUGCGGAGGAUCCCCAAUGGGGAGGCUAACGUGAAGAAGGAAAUUCAGCUACUGCGGAGGCUGCGGCACAAAAACGUCAUCCAGCUGGUGGAUGUGCUGUACAAUGAGGAGAAACAGAAGAUGUAUAUGGUGAUGGAGUACUGCGUGUGUGGCAUGCAGGAGAUGCUGGACAGUGUGCCCGAGAAGCGCUUCCCUGUGUGUCAGGCUCACGGGUACUUCUGCCAGCUGGUGGACGGCCUGGAGUAUCUGCACAGCCAGGGCAUCGUGCAUAAGGACAUCAAGCCUGGCAACCUACUGCUCACCACCGGCGGCACGCUCAAGAUCUCCGACCUGGGUGUGGCCGAGGCCCUGCACCCAUUUGCUGAGGAUGACACGUGCCGUACGAGCCAGGGCUCCCCUGCAUUCCAGCCGCCAGAGAUUGCCAAUGGCUUGGACACCUUCUCUGGCUUUAAGGUGGACAUCUGGUCGGCUGGAGUCACGCUCUACAACAUCACGACAGGCCUGUACCCAUUCGAGGGGGACAACAUCUACAAGUUAUUCGAGAACAUUGGGAAGGGGGACUACACGAUCCCAGGCGACUGUGGCCCCCCGCUCUCGGACCUGCUUAGAGGAAUGCUAGAAUACGAGCCGGCUAAGAGGUUUUCCAUACAGCAGAUCAGGCAGCACAGCUGGUUCAGGAAGAAGCAUCUGCCAGCUGAGGAGCUGGUGCCCAUCCCGCCAAGUGCUGACUGCAAGGACCGUUGGCGCAGCAUGACUGUGGUGCCCUACCUGGAGGACCUGCAUGGCUGUGCCGAUGAUGAAGGGGAUGAGGACCUCUUUGACAUUGAGGACGACAUCAUCUACACUCAGGACUUCACGGUGCCCGGUCCCAGAGGAGGAGGCCGGUCAGAACGAACAGAGCCGGGGCCUGCCCAAGGCCGUGUGCAUGAAUGGCACCGAGUCGGCCCAGCUGAGCACCAAAUCAAGGGCGGAGCGCCGGGCCAGCACUGCCUCCAACCCUACCCGCAAGGCCUGCUCCGCCAGCAGCAAGAUCCGCAGGCUGUCGGCGUGCAAGCAGCAGUGAGGGCAGCCACCCACAGCCCAUCUCCAGGAGCCUCGGGCAGGUGCCACGGUCCAGGUUCAAUGGCCCAGGUCCUCCUCAGACUUCCCACCACCUACUGGCCCAUCGUCGGCUGCCCAGGAAGGCUGCUGCCACACCCUCCGUGCCGACCACCCCUUGGGAAGUGGGAGGUCCUGGAAGGCUGUGGCUGGGGACAGCAGGGACUGGGAUCUAGCCUCCCCACGCUCAUUGUGGGCAGUGGAUACGACCUCCUGUUGACUUUGCAAUCCUGUGCUGAGCCCCUCUCCCCGGCCAAGGGAGGAGGGUGAGGCUGGGCAUGGGCCCCGCACAGCCCUCGCCAUGCACUUUACGUUUUGACUACUGGUUCUUGCCCUGACUUCUCUACUUUGCUACAUGUUAGCGCCUCCCACACCUAGUGAUGAGUUCAAACAAACCUCAGCUGUGCCGGGAUGGACAGGCCUGCACAGAGAUGCAUGCCCAGCGCCCGUGGGAGCCAGGUGGCUGCCUUGUUUUUGUUUGGUUGGUUCCUUUUCCUUUUUUUUUUUAAAGAAAAAAUAAAACAGGUGGAUUUGA